AUGCCGGCCGACUAUACAUCUACGGCUCGUGCUCUAUCGGUUUCAGCCUCUCCGCCAGCACCUCUCUCGCCGUCAGCCUCCGACUCCUAUCCGCCAUGGAGCCGUUCGGGCGGGCGGAAUCCCGCUAAUUUGCCCAACAGUAGAGGACCGACCUCGUUGAAGGACCAACUUGUGAAUCGAGCAAUGGAAACAUCACGGCGUCUGAUGGCCACCUGGCAGAGAAUGAGCUUUUGGCAGAGGGUGGGGGCCGUGCUAGCGGCGGUACUUGCCAAUGCCUUGGGAAUCGGAUUUCUGAUAUUUACGGGCCAGAUCUUUGUCUGGUUACAACCGGUGGCCGCCAAGUGGGAACACUCGGCGCUGGUAUUCUUCGUGCUUUGGCUAUGCAUAUUCUUCGUGGCUCUACCGCCUCUGGUCGGAUGGUCUACAUUUGGAACCAUCUCGGGGUACAUCUUCGGCGUAUGGAAGGGCUGGGCACUUUACGCGUCGGCGACAGUGUUGGGUUCGACCUUUUCUUUCAUUGUCUCCCGAACCAUCCUCUCCCGAUUUGUCACUCGAAUGAUGGAACGCGAUAAACGGUUUGCCGCUCUUGCGUUGACGCUGAAGUACGAUGGAUUGAAGUUGUUGUGUAUGAUCCGUCUCUGUCCGCUGCCGUACUCGGUAUGUAACGGGGCCGUGUCAACGUUUCCCACGGUCCAGCCGUUGAUGUAUGGCCUUGCGACGGCACUCGUCUCGCCCAAACUACUAGUGCCGGCCUUUAUUGGCAGUCGACUACGCAUUCUGGCGGAGAAGGGCGAGGAGAUGAGCGCUGGCUCCAAGGCGGUGAACGUCUGCAGCAUCCUCAUCUCAAUCGCCGUUGGGAUCUUCACUGGUUGGUAUAUAUACAGAAGAACCUUAGCGCGUGCCAAAGAAUUAGAAGCGCAGGAGAGGGCCGGCAUCCGUCGUUCUCUUCAAAUCGACCACGCGGCCCAUCGUCCCCAUCAUGCCUUCUCGGAAGAUCCGGAUACUAACACUGCCGCCACCACCCUUGCGCGGGACGAGGAGGAACGACUUGGGUUCCACGAUUUUGACGAUGACAACGUUGAUUUGGUCAUCGAUGACGAGAGCGGGAGCGACAACUCGCCCUACCUGAAGACGGGAUCGCGGGAUUCGUACCGCGACGAGUUUACCGACAGUAACUCCGACGUCUUCCGGGAUGGCGAUGGCACGGAGGGUGAAAUAUACAAUUUGCAUACCCAUGUGCGCAAGCCCUGA